CCCUCCCGUCCAAAUCCCUCCUCAGUCCUGCAACAACGACAUCUUCUUGAGUAUCUUCUGGACUCCGCAGACCUUCUAAAGGCGACCAACAACAGCGAGCGCCGAUCAGCAUCAAAGAUGGAUUACAUCGAGAGUCUGGCCAAGCAGGCCUCGCAGAUCACAAUGUACGAUGUCAAAUCAUACUACAAUCAGGCCAAAAAUAUGGUCUUGAAUGUCAGCGAGACCGAGGCCAAAGUGCGCGAGGCGACGAACGAUGAUCCUUGGGGAGCGAGCACGACGCUUAUGCAGGAGAUCGCGGAGGGCACGCACAACUUCUCCCAAUUCAACGAGAUCAUGCCUACCAUCUACUCAAGGUUCAUGGAGAAAGAAGCCCGUGAAUGGCGCCAGAUUUACAAGGCAUUGACUCUCCUUGAAUACCUGGUCAAGAACGGUUCAGAACGGGUCGUCGACGAUGCCAGAGCCCAUAUCUCCACCAUCAAGAUGCUCAGAUCCUUCCACUACAUAGAUGAAAAGGGCAAAGAUCAGGGUAUCAAUGUUCGAAAUCGUGCCGGCGAGGUCGCGUCUCUACUUGGCGAUGUCGAUCGAAUUCGUCAGGAGCGGAGGAAAGCCAAGGCUAAUCGUACAAAGUAUGGAGGGCAAGGCGGAGGCGGCGGAAUGAGCUUCAUCACUGCCGGAGGUAGCAAGUACGGAGGCUUCGGCAGUGAGGACCUUGCUGGUGGUGGGGGAGGAGGAGGCGGCGGCGGCGGCGGCGGAGGAGGCGGAGGCAGCAAUUGGGGCCGCGACUAUGAUCAUGACGACUACCGAGGUUCUCGUAACAGCAGCGGAAGCAACUACAAUAACCGGGCCGCUGCGGCUGAAUAUGACGAGUACGAAGGAGCAGACGACUUUGACGACCACCCACCUCGACGAUCAACUUCGAUUUCUCAUCAUGCUCGACAAGGCUCUCGACCAGAGGUGCCACCCAAGUCUGCCCCAAAAGCACCCGAAAAGCCUGUGGAGAAGCCGAAAGAGGUCAACUUGUUCGACUUUGACGAUGACCCGGUACCAUCUACUUCUACUUCUGCCCCAGCUCCUGCUGUAGACUUGACCGGUGGAGAUGACGACUUUGACGAUUUCCAAUCUGCUCCAAACACCAUGUCGACAUCGACGACUAGCGCACCUGUGCCCAAGCCAGCGCCUGGAGCGAACGCAAAUGUGUUUGAUCUCCUCAAUGCUGCUUCUGCCGCGGCACCUCCUAAACCUACCAUGCCAACCAUGAACGCCGCUCGCACACCCUCGUUCCAAUCUUCACCCGGAAUGAUGUCUCCCUCUCAGCCCGUCCUGUCUUCUCGGCCUUCAUACACCCAGCAAAACACUGCGCCAGCAGUCACAUCACCCAAGGCGACCACUGGAUCCGCUUUCGACGAUCUUUGGACAACAUCCUUGACCAGUGCUGGCGGUCAGGCGAAAACCACCGGAGCAGCUGGUGGAGGAAACAAGACGAUCAAGGAUCUCGAAAAGGAGAAAGCAAUGGACAAACUUUGGGGUCCAACACCAACUGCCCGUCCCGCCGGUCAGCCCUCUCAACCUAACUCUCCAGCAAAGCCCACAUCGGGUGGAAACUUCGACGACCUGCUCUUCUGAACUCUUACCAAAGGACCGUGCUAGUAGGCAGGAGA